AUGUUUUUGUACAAUCUAUUAUCUGUGUUCCUAAUCAGUCAGAUAGUCGCCAACGAUGAUUGUAAAACCCAUCAGGUCAGUUUUUCAUAUAGUAAAUGUAAUAUUUAUACUUUAGAGAUCCACUUAUUUAUGGUCAGUGACAUCACCAAAGACCAACACUCAUAAUUUUCUGUUUGGCACCAUCCAUGUUGCUUAUGAUCAAGUCUGGGAUUCAGGUGAGUCUUGCCUCAGGCAUCUAAACGGAAGCAAUCAAAUAUGUGGGAGACCGGAUGGCCUCGAAUCCCUAAGGGCUUUUAAUCGCUCCAUAGGUGUGAAAAGCCCCUCCGGGCUUAAAAAGAAUUUCAAAACAUAUUGGGCCUGUUUUGUUUAAAAAAGAGAAGAGCGCGAACAAAGGAGGCCAUCGCGCGAGUUGUUGACCUAGGUGCGCAAAGUCUCUAAUAAGCUGCCAUACUGACCGAACAGAUUGCAAAACAAAUACGGGAGCUGUCCCUAAUUGCACGCUCUAAUUAAGGUCAUUUCUAGUCUCAGCAAAGGUGAAAGAAGCCUUAAACCAAGUUCAAGGAGUGGUAUUCGAAUUGGCUUUGCAUGAUCCCGAAACUGUGAAUGGAUUAAUCGACUGCAAACAACUGGAAUAUGGAAAAAGUUUGAAAACAAUACUCCCACAGUCCAUGUUUCAACGAUUAAAACAAUGUAAUCGCUUUAAGAACUUUUUAAGCUGUCAAUUUAUGUAAUAAUUUAUCAAGUAUGACAAGUUGCAGACAUCAAAAGGAAAAAGCAGAGAUUAAUAAGGAAUUCUGAUUCCAAAAAAUCCAAAAAAGAGAUCUGGAGUCAGAUAAACCAUUUGAUCGGCUCCUGGGAAUCCCGUCGUCCAGUCUGGCUACUAUUCUUGUUAUACCAACUAAAUGAACAAGAAUACUAUAAGGAAUCUGAUAGCUUAUCGGUCCCCAUGUUCGACGCCUACUUGGCCCAUUCGGCCAAAGAAAAGGGAAAGAAAUUAUAUUCUAUCGAAAGUCCCACAGAACAAUGUAAUCCUCUAAUUAGAGUAAACAAACAACAGGUAUGUCUGACAAUUAAUUAAUAAUUAGACAACGUUUAUUCAUGCUUAUGCAAAUACCUUAUUUUAGAUUAUAUUUGCUAUAAAUUAUACUUUGUCAUAUAUGGAAUGGGCUGAGAACAGGGAGAAAAGGAAAAGGGAAUCCGCGAUCGAUCGAUUAAUCAAGUUAUACAACUGUGGAGACGAACAAGUCACCAACUUCGAGAGCGAACCAUUUACUGAAGCCGGCUUCACUUUGAACGAAGCCUUUGAUCGAAAGGCCAAGGAAAUCGAUGAGAGAUUAAAAUGGGAUAUAAUUGAACAUCGGAACAUGAGAAUGGCCUUGAGGACACAUCAUCUCAUCCAAGAACAUCCGCAGGAAACCUUCUUGUUUGCCGUGGGAGCUGGCCAUUUCCAUGGGCCAUUCAGUUUGAUCAAUGUCUUGCAGGGAUAUGGAUAUAAGAUCGAAAAAGUAGAAGAAGAUACGGAUAUCAGGUAAGGCAAGAAAGGCUCAAGAAGUUACACAUUUAGCAGGCCUUUCCACCGACCCAGCAACUUUAAAACGUUCAAUGAACUCUGGGUUCGAAGGGCCAAGGAGAUGAAUGUGAUGGGAAUCCAUGACAAGGACACCAAUACAAAUGCAAAUUACAUUUAUUUCGUGCUAUUCUUCAUUCCAGUGAUCUUAAUUAUUGGGCGGAAAAUAGGGAAUUAUUAUUUCUUUAAGCCUAAGGCAACGCCACUCUGA